UUGUUACAUACUUGGUGACAUCCUGCAACUCCCAGCAGCAUAGCUCCACCUACCUUCAACCUGAUGAGGUCUAAUCAACCUGAUUCAUUGGAAACACCUGUGUGCAUCCAACCAACUUACUGCCACACAACUCCUACAAGCCGACACGUUGUUGCACGCCGCCAAUCUGAGCACCCUGUUGGUGUGCAUGGUGCUGAAGUUCCCGCAGAUCUUCGUGCUGAUGAGAGCAAAGUCAGCGGCUGGACUCAGCCUCAACGGGCUGCUCCUGGAGCUCACCGGGUUCAUUGUUUUUGUAACGUACCAGAUGUACUAUGACUACCCACCCCCAACAUACCUGGAGUUUCCAUUCCUCAUCGCUCAAGACGCCGUUCUCCUGCUCCUCAUCCUUUACUACAGCGGCAGCCUGCGGCAGAGCCCUGUCUACGCCGUCCUGUUCGUCGGGGGUUGGAGGCUCCUCACUAUGGAGAAGUGGAUCAUAGAUUCGGCCAUGAGCCUGUGCACAUUCAUCAGUGCAGCCAGUAAAUUUGCCCAUCUGCAAUCCCUCUGGAGGUCGAAGGACGCUAGACAGGUUAGCGCCCUCACCUGGUUUAUGGCUACCUUCACAUGUAUAGCGCGGAUUUACACCACCACGGUGACAACUGGAGACACGCUGGUUCUGAUGCGGUUCGUCAUCAUGACUUUGCUCAACACGUGGGUGCUGCUCACUGUGCUCUACUAUCAGAGGCAUGGCAGCGGCUCCAAGAAAGAAGACUAAGCUUUUAAAGUGGAAUCCUCCUGAGAAUGAGUCCUGUAAACCUGCAGUCCACCCCCCCAUGUCCUCCAGCUCUGCCCAGCAGAGUGACCCCUAGGGUACUCUGGACUCAGCCACGACUGAAAACGCAAACUGUCGAGUACAGUAACAACGGUUAUGGAAGCAGCUUUUAUAUUACUGACCUUUUUAUAUUGUUAUUACCUCAAUAUUGAACCCACAUAUCAUUUUUAUAACAUUCCAGUGACUAAAAUCUGCUACAGCUAGUAGUAAGAGGAGAGACCAAUACUUUUUCAUACUGUAUGUGACAAAAUGUAGUGUUUAUUAGAUAGCCAAGUAUAUCGGAGACCUUCCUUCUCAGGAUAUGAAAUACUGUAUUUUGAAAAGUCCUUUUCUGAACAAUUUUUAAUAAAGCAAAUAUUCUAGCUUCUUACAUCA